GUCGUGGAUGUUCAGAAGAUGCUCGGCUUCCUGCGGAGCGGCGAGCCCUUUCCGGAGCUGGAGGAGGUGGUCGCCUUCAUCCCUCGCCACUUUCCGUUUGGGUCUUAUGACACCACGGUUCUGAAGCCCGGGCAACGCGCUCUGGUGCCGGAGAAUUGCACUGGGCUGCGCCUGUGUUUAACCGACUGCCGCUUGUUUGCGCAGCCCACCGAGAAGGCCGCGGAGGAGUCGGAGAGCAGUUCGACGCGAGCGGAGACGGAGCCAGCCCCCGAGGAGCCAGCCGCCGAGCCCGCAGCCGCCGAGCCCGCAGCCGAGGAGCCAGCCGCGGAGGAAGCCGUGGAGCCCGCAGCCGCCGAGCCCGCAGCCGAGGAGGCCGAGCCCGCCGCCUCCACGGUCCGUCUCUUCGGCGAGAAAGGCUUCGACGUCCACAUGGGAGGCGAACCCUUCGCGCGGGUCCUGGGCGACCUCUACCGCGCUGGCAAGGUCAUGGAAAAUCUCGAUUUCAAGGUGCAGCUGGAACUCUACAACGAUAGCCGCAAGAAGGGCGAGCCCGUGGUUGUCGACACGAUCCCCAGGAUGGUGCAGGACCGCAAGGCCUUCGAUGUGGGCGGCAUCAUCGCAAGGGUGAGUUGGGUCAGCAUGCUGGUGCCCGCCCCCUCCCAGAUCAACGGCUUCUGGGGCUACUGGGACGAUGGCCGCCGCGAGAUCGUGAGCAACUUCCACGAGCUCCUCGCGGCCGACAACCCGCCCUACGGCCCGGAGACCGUGUUCACUGUCGGAGGCGAACUCUACGGCAUCCAGGGGUACGAUCCAAGCACGCAGACCGUGCGCACCGACGAUGGCCGCGAG